GGCCCUGACUCGCAAACCUCUGAGACCGUUGGUGUUAUCACUGACGUCUUGACGGAGCCUGGCAUUCAAGCCGAUCGAAAUGUCCAGGCCAGCCCUGAUUCUCCCCGAUACGAGUUUCAGAAUUCGAACACCGGCAAGGUCACUACGGCGUACGAUGCCAACAUU